UCCAAGGCUCGAUCAAACAAUUACCGGAUUUCAAACGUGUCUAGUUCAUGAACUUUGAAGGAGUAUAUUUAAUUUGAUUUGAUGUAUUAUUAUUUUAUACGCAAGAAUAAAUGACCUUCGUGCGUUUGCAAUAGAUAAGUCCACAGACUAUGACUGUCAGUUUGAGUUAAUCGAUGUCAGAGUGAGACAAAGUCAUGGCGUUGAUUAGCCGGAGUUGUGUUGCUGCAGGUCGAUAUUCCUCCAAUUUUCUCUUUUUACCGUCAAAAUGCUCUGAGGUGUCGCAUGUUCACUGUAACAGACUGACAAUUGCUGCCAACAAAUCAGACACACUCACAGAGAGGAAGAAAGAGAUAAAAGAAGAUGGACUGAACCUGCAAGACUUUAUAUCCGGAGAACUGUCAGAAAAGAGCAAGUGGGAGGAAUACAGGGGCAACCUAAAGAGACAGAAGGGAGAAAGACUGAGACUACCGCCUUGGCUGAAAACAGAGAUCCCUAUUGGAAAGAACUACAACAGACUAAAAAACACACUCCGAGAAUUAAACCUGCACACAGUCUGCGAGGAGGCCAGGUGUCCCAAUAUCGGAGAAUGCUGGGGGGGUGGAGAGUAUGCCACUGCCACAGCAACCAUUAUGUUAAUGGGGGACACAUGUACCCGUGGCUGUAGGUUUUGUUCGGUUAAAACAGCGAGACGUCCUCCACCUCUCGACCCUGACGAGCCGCAUAACACAGCCAAAGCCAUCGCAGCAUGGGGACUGGACUAUGUAGUACUCACAUCAGUGGACAGAGAUGACAUUCCUGAUGGUGGGGCUGAGCACUUUGCAAAGACUGUUUCUAACCUCAAACAGAGGAAUCGUAUUAUUAUGGUUGAGUGUUUGACUCCUGAUUUUCGAGGUGAUCUGGCAGCAGUGGAGAAAAUCGCUCUGUCUGGGCUUGAUGUUUAUGCUCACAACGUAGAAACGGUCAGAGAGUUACAGAGGUAUGUCCGUGACCCCCGUGCUAACUUCGACCAAUCGCUGAGUGUUUUGCGACAUGCUAAAAAGGUGAAAGCCGGUUUGCUUACGAAGACUUCAAUCAUGCUGGGACUGGGAGAGACAGACUCACAGAUACACGGCACUUUGAAAGAAUUGAGGGAUGCUGGCGUGGACUGUCUUACACUGGGGCAGUACAUGCAGCCAACCAAACGCCAUCUCAAGGUGGAAGAAUAUGUCACUCCUGAGAGGUUUGCGUACUGGGAGAAGAUUGGUCGGGAGAUGGGAUUCGUCUACACAGCCAGCGGGCCACUUGUGCGCUCUUCUUAUAAAGCAGGCGAGUUCUUCUUGAAGAAUCUGCUGGAGAAAAGGAAGAUUGAAGGGACAACAACGACAGCAUAGUAAAACUCUUGAACAUCACCUGCCUGACCAUCCUCAUCCUGUCUGUCUGUCUCUCUUCUGUCAGUACAAACAAUAUGAAGCACAGAUGUUACAAAUAAAACACAUUAUGCUAGAUGUAACAUUGUAUAUGGUUACAAUCACCAAGCAUGAUCAGGCUUCACAAAGACUGAAACAUUUAAUGAUUCUGAAUUAUUCUGGGUAACGUCGUCAUCUUCUUAAAAGAAGCAAAUGAAGGGCAGCCUGUGGUAUUUAAGAGACUGCAUGUAACAAUGCAGAUAAUAAACAUAACAUAAAUGUAGCGGCUGUAGACAACGCAAAAACAAAAGUUGCAGCCGCGAGGGACUAAACACUGAGAGACUGAAAACACUGCGACGCGCAAAAACUCAUUUCCACUCAACUGUCUGACUUCCAGCAUUUAUUUCACUUCAACACUUAAAGGUACAACGUCAUGAAGAUUGCUGUGAAAGUGCGCGAGUGCGGUCAACAGAAAGUGUUCGCUCCCAGGCUCACUCCCUCUCUCUGUCAAAGCCCCAUUGUCCUCAGGUGCACAGGUGAAGCAAACAAAUAGACCACUAUCACUUCCGCCCAAGCCCCGGUGGACACGCCCACCACCUACAAUCCGAGUGCAGUGAAUAUUAUGAAUGAAACCAUAAACAUAGAACACAUGGGAGACUUACAGGUGGCUCUUACAAUAAAUGUGUGACUUGCUUCUCUAUAGGGAAUAUUCAAGGAGAUGUUGUUUAAUUUAAAGGGAUAGUGCACCCAAAAAUGAGAAUUCUCUCAUCAUUUACUCGCCCUCAUGCCAUCCCAGAUGUGUGUGAUUUUCUUUCUUCUGCAGAACACAAAUUAAGAUUUUUAGAAGAAUAUCUCAGCCCUGUACAAUGUAAGUCAAUUGUGACCAAACCUUUGUAGCUCCAAAAAUCACAUAAAGGAAUCAUAAAAGUAAUCCAGAAGACUCCAGUGUUUCAAUCCAUGUCUUCAGAAGCGAUAUAAUAGGUGUGAUUGAGAGACAGAUCAGUAUUUAAAUCCUUAUUUACUGUAAAUCUCCACUUUCCCUUUUACAUCUGAAAGUCACAUGUGGUGCCUGUUUAGUUUAACUUUUACAUCUGAAACUGGAAUACAAAAAGGACUUAAAUAUUGAUCUGUUGCUAUUUCUACAUUAAAAUACAGGCCCAAUAAUAUACAGUAUAUAAGAUAAUUACUUAAUGACUGGGUGAUUUAGCUGUUUGCCUCUUCUCUAAGUCAAGACAUUUUUAAUGGGAACGAAAAU